GCCCCGCCAGCGGCCCGGGGAAGCAGCGCGGGCGGGGGCAGGGGCUGGGGCCGACCCGGAGGCUGGUGCAGAGGAUGGGGGCCGCCUGGCCGCCCCGAGCUUGAGAGGCCGAGGGGUGCGCCACCCCGUCUAGGGGCGGGCGCCCCCCAGGCCAGCCACCCCGCCCCUCCCGGCAGUCGUGGCCCGGGAUGCGGAGCCGGGGGCCGCCGGUGGAGCUGCGCGGGGUGAGAGGCGCGGGGAAGGGGGCUGCCAGCUGCCCUCGCCCUCGUCCCCCACCGGCGGGCCCCGGCAGGAAUUCCGGAACCGGGCGGCCAAGGCCUUCUUGGCUCCCUGACGUUUGAGAGGGACCGGUGAACCCGCUUCCCUACCCCCACCCCGCCCCGCCUGGACAGCUGAAUCAGAGCGGACGACCCUGCCCUUUUAAAGCGGCUUCUUCUUGCUCCUGCGGAGGGCUCCCCAGCCAUGGCCCCCAGGAGCUCCCUAGAACCCGCAGGGACUGCCCCCAAUCCUGGCCACCGGGGCCCGCCCUCUGCAGCCCGCGGGCAGCCUGUCUGAAGCGGUCUCCCGCAGCCCCCGGCCCCUCCCCCAUGGAGGAGGAGGAGGGGGGCGCGGCGGCCAAGGAGUGGGGCGCGACCCCCGCGGGGCCCGUCUGGACCGCAGUGUUCGACUACGAAGCGGCGGGCGACGAGGAGCUGACCCUGCGGAGGGGCGACCGCGUCCAGGUGCUUUCCCAAGACUGUGCGGUAUCUGGCGACGAGGGCUGGUGGACCGGGCAGCUACCCAGCGGCCGUGUGGGCGUCUUCCCCAGCAACUACGUGGCCCCCUCCGCACCCGCCGCACCCGCCAGCCUCCAGCUGCCCCAGGAGAUCCCCUUCCACGAGCUGCAGCUAGAAGAAAUCAUCGGUGUAGGGGGCUUUGGCAAGGUCUAUCGGGCCCUGUGGCGUGGCGAGGAGGUGGCCGUCAAGGCCGCCCGGCUGGACCCUGAGCGGGACCCUGCAGUGACAGCAGAGCAGGUGCGCCAAGAGGCCCGGCUCUUCGGAGCACUCCAGCACCCCAACAUCAUUGCCCUCAGGGGUGCCUGCCUCAGCCCCCCACACCUCUGCCUGGUGAUGGAGUAUGCCAGGGGGGGUGCAUUGAGCAGGGUGCUGGCAGGUCGCCGGGUGCCCCCUCAUGUGCUGGUCAACUGGGCUGUGCAGGUGGCCCGGGGCAUGAACUACCUACACAAUGAUGCCCCUGUGCCCAUCAUCCACCGGGACCUCAAGUCCAUCAACAUCCUUAUUCUGGAGGCCAUCGAGAACCACAACCUUGCAGACACGGUGCUCAAGAUCACAGACUUCGGCCUCGCCCGCGAAUGGCACAAGACCACCAAAAUGAGUGCUGCGGGGACUUACGCCUGGAUGGCCCCAGAGGUUAUCCGUCUCUCCCUCUUCUCCAAAAGCAGUGACGUCUGGAGCUUCGGGGUGCUGCUCUGGGAGCUGCUGACGGGGGAGGUCCCCUACCGUGAAAUCGACGCCUUGGCUGUGGCAUAUGGCGUGGCUAUGAACAAGCUGACUCUUCCCAUCCCCUCCACAUGCCCCGAGCCCUUUGCCCGCCUACUAGAGGAGUGCUGGGACCCAGACCCCCACGGGCGGCCAGAUUUCGGCAGCAUCCUGAAGCAGCUUGAAGUCAUAGAACAGUCAGCCCUAUUCCAGAUGCCGCUGGAGUCCUUCCACUCGCUGCAGGAAGACUGGAAGCUGGAGAUUCAGCACAUGUUCGAUGACCUCCGGACCAAAGAGAAGGAGCUCCGGAGCCGCGAAGAGGAGCUGCUACGGGCAGCUCAGGAGCAGCGUUUCCAGGAGGAGCAGCUGCGGCGGCGGGAGCAGGAGCUGGCUGAGCGUGAGAUGGACAUUGUGGAGCGGGAACUGCACCUGCUAAUGUGCCAGCUGAGCCAGGAGAAGCCCCGAGUCCGCAAACGCAAGGGCAACUUCAAGCGGAGCCGCCUGCUCAAGCUGCGGGAAGGCAGCAGCCACAUCAGCCUGCCCUCCGGCUUCGAGCAUAAGAUCACAGUCCAGGCCUCUCCAACCCUGGACAAGCGGAAAGGAUCCGAUGGGGCCAGCCCCCCCGCAAGCCCCAGCAUCAUCCCCCGGCUGAGGGCCAUCCGCCUGACUCCUGUGGACGGUGGUGGCGGCAGCAGUGGCAGCAGCAGCGGCGGCAGUGGGACAUGGGGCCGCAGCGGGCCCCCAAAGAAGGAAGAACUGGUUGGGGGCAAGAAGAAAGGCCGGACAUGGGGGCCCAGCUCCACCCUGCAGAAGGAGCGGGCUGGAGGAGAGGAGAGGCUGAAGGCCCUGGGGGAAGGAAACAAACAGUGGUCAUCGAGCGCCCCCAACCUGGGCAAGUCCCCCAAACACACCCCCAUUGCCCCAGGCUUCGCCAGCCUCAAUGAGAUGGGUCCCCAGCGACCUCCGGGAGUCCAGUGCCGGCCCUCUCCGGUUGCAGAGGAGUUCGCGGAGGCAGAUGGAGGCAGCAGCGGGGCCCCCUCUCCCCACAGCACCCCGGCCUACCUCGCGGUGCCACUGCCCGCCGAGCCCUCCCCGGGGGCGCCGGCGCCCUCCCCGCGGCACGGGCUCAGUGCCCGGCGGCGCUGCGACUUCGCGCUGCUGGGCUGCGCCACGCUGCUGGGCGCCGUGGGCCUGGGCGCGGAUGUGGCCGAGGCACGCGCAGCGGAUGGCGAGGAACAGCGGCGCUGGCUCGACGGCCUUUUCUUCCCGCGUGCUGGCCGCUUCCCACGCGGCCUCAGCCCGCCUGCGCGCUCCCCAGGCCGCCGCGACGACGCGGGCCCAGGCCUGGCGCCCUCGGCCACCCUGGUGUCUCUGUCUUCCGUGUCCGACUGCAACUCCACGCGUUCGCUGCUGCGCUCGGACAGCGACGAGGCCGCGCCGGCGGCACCCUCUCCACCGCCCUCCCCGCCCGCGCCGUUGCCCAGCACAAACCCUCUGGUGGACCUGGAGCUGGAGAGCUUCAAGAAGGACCCCCGCCAGUCAUUGACGCCCACCCACGUCACGGCCACUCGCGCUGUGAGCCACGGGCACCGGCGGACGCCCUCGGAUGGGGCGCUGGGGCAGCGGGGGGCGCCGGAAUCCUCGGUCCACGGCCCUGGCCCUCCAGAUCCCCUGGACUUUCCCCGCCUGCCCGAACCCCAGGCCCUGUUUCCUACCCGCCGCCGGCCCCCCGAGUUUCCUGGCCGCCCCACCACCCUGACCUUUGCCCCAAGACCCCGGCCGGCCGCCAGCCGCCCCCGCCUGGACCCCUGGAAACUCGUCUCCUUCGGCCGGACACUCAGCGUCUCGCCUCCUAGCAGGCCGGACACUCCGGAGAGCCCCGGCCCCCUCAGCAUGCAGCCCACGCUGCUUGACAUGGACAUGGAGGGGCAGAGCCAGGACAGCACAGUGCCCCUGUGUGGGGCCCAUGGCUCCCACUGAGGCCUGCCCACUGCUACCCGCCUGGGCAGCCAUGAAUGUAGCGCCCCAGGCCUCCCACCAGGCCACAGGGCAGGGGAGGCCUUGGGCAGGAUACUCUAUUUAUUG